AUACAUAUAUUAUAAGUGAUUAAAUUAGUUAGUUAUAGAAUUUUUAACAAAAUGAAGUGGUGCGCAAUCAUCAUUUUAAUAUUAAUAGGAACAGUGAAAUCUCGGAAUGUUCUCGAAAAACGAGCAGUAUCAAGAAGAAGUGUACGUCAAACAUUAUCGUCCAUAACACCAACUCCACUAUAUUCACUGAGAGAUUCUAUAAUAAAAAACUGUGUGAACAAUGGAAUUUCAGCGAAUGAUUUGAGAGAUAUGAAAGCAAGUUUUGAUAGAAUGGCAAGAUUCAUGUCCAAUGUGAAUAUAUAUACUACUCCCAAAGAGGAAUAUAUCAAUAAUAUAACUGAAUAUACCAACGAUACAAACUCAAAAAUUAGUCGCUGUUUGAAAGAUUCUCAGAAGUAUUUUUCUAAUUUGGACUUAGAAAUCAUCACAUCACUUAUUAAUUUUGUAUAUGACAACAAAGAUAUACUGAUAAGUACCGAUUGGGAGAGCUGUGUCCAGAAAUUGAGAUCAAAUGAUCAAAUUCUAGUAUCCUAUCUUACUUGUUUACGUGAUAGAGGAAGAGAGUUGGAUGACGGCCCUUCCAUUCCUAACUCUAAGACGGAGUUUUGCAAAAAAUUCAUACCAAGAAAUAGAUGUUUGCCUGAUACUGUGGAUGAAUACUGUAAAAAUUCUACAAUCGUUAGUAAAUUUACAAAAAAUUACAAGAAAGCCUUGCAGUUGCCAUGUAAACUUAAUGAAUCGGAAGCAGAGUGAGAUACCUAUAUUGAACAUACGAGUACAUUCAAAAUAUUAUCAAAUACAUGUCAAAAUGGUUACGUAAUAAAUUUUAUCAAAACUU